AUGACGUCAGAGGUAAACAGCCAGUGUGUUGUGAUCCUAAAACAGGAAGCACACAGCCCUCAGAAGGAAGCACACAGCCCUCAGAAGGAAGCACACAGCCCUCAGAAGGAAGCACACAGCCCUCAGAAGGAACCACACAGCCCUCAGAAGGAAGCACACAGCCCUCAGAAGGAAGCACACAGCCCUCAGAAGGAAACACACAGCCCUCAGAAGGAAGCACACAGCCCUCAGAAGGAAGCACACAGCCCUCAGAAGGAAACACACAGCCCUCAGAAGGAAGCACACAGCCCUCAGAAGGAAGCACACAGCCCUCAGAAGGAAAAUAACAUUUCCUAUAAAGUUGAAGGUCAGGGAGGUCGACUUGAGUCCUCGCUGGGAUAUUACUGCAAGUUAAUAAAAAUAUCAACAACGACAAGCGCUAUCGAGGUGACAGCUUUUGACAACGACUGA